UGCCAGGUGAUAAGAUAAACACGUGUUAACGAAGGCAAGAGGCAGUAGCAGUAAUAGUGUGCUCGUGCCCUCAAUUGUCCACCAAUUGGAGCGAGGCGGUAGUGAUCUUCCACUUGCUGGUCUUCAAUGAAGUAGAGGCGGUAGUGAUCUUCCACUUGCUGGUCUUCAAUGAAGUAAAGGCGGUAGUGAUCUUCCACUUGCUGGUCUUCAAUGAAGUAGAGGCGGUAGUGAUCCUUCACCAGCUGGUCGUCGCCCCUGCAGGAUAGCAGGCGCUGAUCUUGCAGGUCGUCAGUCUUGCAGGAGACGAGUCAGCGAUCUUGCACUAGUUGGUUAUCACUCGUAGAGCAGACGAGGCGGUGACCCUGCAGCAGCAGCAGGUCGUCAUGGACCCUCUAUGUCGACAGAGCAGCGAGUACCUUCUCAUAAACAAUCGAGAGUUCCUCUCCAAGGUCAGAGAUGAUGAGGUUCCAAAAAUGCUCUUCCUCUCCGUCAACCCAAACAAGGUGGAGGAGGAAGCAGAGGGCGCCGUGGGGUCCAACUCCAUCUUCACCGACGGCGACACGCUGGGAGUCGGCUCCACCCACACCACGGGGGACUUCAAGUCCGAAGGCGGGUCGGAUUCCAUCGCCAGGUUGCUUCAGAAAUUUGAGAAAGCCCUGGAAGAAAGGUCCAUCAGUCCGGUGCGCCGUGAGCUGCAGCUGCGGCUACUGAAGCUGUCGAGCGUGGAGCUCUGCAGCACCAACAGCCUUUCUACGCUGGAAAGCAAUUUCUCCGAUGAGAGCGACCAGCUGAGCAACGAUGAAGAGGACAUUUUGGAGUUCACAGAAAUCUUCGAGAUGUUCAACUACUCAGCGCCAGAGUCCAUCAAAAGCAACUUCGGCAACAUCAUCGCCUCCAAGAAAAUCCCCGUCAGGGCAGAUUUUGGAAGCGUCAGCAAAAAGACGUUCUUCGUUUACGCUGAAAACAAAAUCAUGAUGAAAGUUUGCAACUGUCUCACUCCAGACGAUGUCUUCCAAAUGUACGAAGUGCUGAGGGUGUCGAAGGCUGUCGAGCGGGAUGACAUACAGGACCUCCUGUCGCAGCCUGUCGAUCUUAAGGCCCUGAAGAGCGUGGCGGGGCUGAAGGACGUAGCCUUCUAUUAUCUCAUACUGAACCUCAUGAGGAAGCAGAUGCUCAACAGGCUCUACACGCACAAACUCUCCUUCAUCUUCCAUCAGAUACAACAGAUGAAUGAGAGGACGAACACCCCCAAUCCUGACAUAGACCGCGUCCUCUCUAACCUCCAACGAUAUCCGGUAGCGUCUCGCCCUCCGGGUCUCUGUCUCAUAUUUAUCAUGCUAGAAAACCGCGUAGGGGCGCCAAAGGACCUCGCGAAGGUCAGGGAACUGUUUGAAAAGGACUUCAUGUACGACGUGUUCGUGAAGAAGGACCCGACGGCCGAGGACGUCAAGAUUAUUGUCAGUAAACUGAAGGCAGCCAGGAACAAGUUUUAUGACAGCCUGAUGGUGUGGUUCAUGGGCCACGGGGACAAGACUUACCUCAACGUGAAGGACGGUCAGAUCCACCGCCGCCUUGACCUCAUCGAACCCUUCACCGAGAUCGAGUGGUUCGUCAAGAAGCCCAAACUCUUCUUCAUCCAAGCCUGCGCUGUCAAGAGAGACCGGAAGAGGUUCUCAGUGUCAUCUGUUGGAGAUCCCAAGGCGUUGUCGACGCAGACGGACUCCGUCGGGUGGCGGGCGUCGGCGGGCGCACAGUGGCAGGAGAAGUACGCUGAGUACACCGACGUCUCCAAGGUCAACUCCUUCGCCGACACCCUCAUCUCCUACGCCACCAUGUGGUACCAGUACGCCUCCAGGAGCGACGAAGGGUCGCUGUACGUGGACACACUGGUGGACCAACUCAGGGAACACGGAACCAGAGAGAGCAUAGAAAACGUCUUACGCCGCGUCCACUACAACGUAAACACUGUGGGACUUAUGCAUAACGAACAAGGCCAAGACGUGUACUGGAAACAGGCACCUUACUUCGAGUCCUCCCUGCAGAAGGAGUUCAUCUUCCCCAACACCCAGAAGAUCUAGCUUCAAGGCUCGAUGGUUUCCACUUCCAGUUGUCGACGUCUUAUCAUGCAAGGCUGGGGAAGGCCAAGACGUGUACUGGAAACAGGCACCUUACUUCGAGUCCUCCCUGCAGAAGGAGUUCAUCUUCCCCAACACCCAAAAGAUCUAGCCUCAAGGCUCGAUGGUUUCCACUUCCAGUUGUCGACGUCUUAUCAUGCAAGGCUGGGGAUUGUGUAGGUUCGCGUUACACUCUUUCAGGUUACUGUAUUCUACCGGUUCUAUGUAUUCUGGUGUAAGGCAGACUUUAGAUUAAGAACAUGUUGAUGAAUUAUACUUAUCCAAGAAUAUAUUGUUUAGAGUAGUAGGCAAAAAUUAUGCUCAUUGUGGAAGCCUUUAUUAAAAACUUUGUUAUAAAAAAAUCAUAAAACUGCUUUGGCAUAUAUACGAACCUCAUACAACCCUUAAUUUAGGAAGAGUAUAUUAUUAUAAUUAUUAUAAUAACAUACUAAAUUAAAGGUUGUAUCUUUAUAUAGCAUUGUAAUAUAUAUAUAUAUGGAUGUGCAAUAAUCAAUCAUAGAGAUGUUAUCAGCUGACUCUACUGACGAAAUAAUGAGCACUACCAAGAGACAAAAACAAAAACAAAGCCGGACACACACACACACACACACACACACACACACACACACACACACACACACACACACACACACACACACACACACACACACACACACACACACACACAAACAAGAUUUCCAAUUGAGUAGUUGCUUAGAGCAUUUCAAAAGCACACUACAAGUGGCGCUGACAGACAGCCAGCCGAUUAGUGAUAAGAGAUUAGAUUAGCCUUCGAGGGCAGCGGUAAUAUGAUCAUUUAAUAGAACAAAAAAAAAUUGGGGAAAAAAAGAGCAGAGGUCUUUUUUUUUUUUUUUGUUCUAGAGGGAUCAGAGGCAAGAAGGAUUAUAUGUUGAUAGAGGACUUGGAGGAACGUCAAGAGUGUUCAUGUUUUGCUGUAGAUAAGUGGGUCAGGGUGGGUAAGAUACAAGUGAGUCAGGGUGGGUAAGACACAAGUGGGUCAGGGUGGGUAAGACACAAGUGGGUCAGGGGUGGGUAAGACACAAGUGGGUCAGGGUAGGUAAGACACAAGUGGGUCAGGGGUGGGUAAGACACAAGUGGGUCAGGGGUGGGUAAGACACAAGUGAGUCAGGGGUGGGUAAGACACAAGUGGGUCAGGGGUGGGUAAGACACAAGUGGGUCAGGGGUGGGUAAGACACAAGUGGGCCAGGGUAGGUAAGAUACAAGUGGGUCAGGGUAGGUAAGACACAAGUGGGUCAGGGGUGGGUAAGACACAAGUGAGUCAGGGGUGGGUAAGACACAAGUGGGUCAGGGUAGGUAAGACACAAGUGGGUCAGGGGUGGGUAAGACACAAGUGAGUCAGGGGUGGGUAAGACACAAGUGGGUCAGGGUGGGUAAGACACAAGUGGGUCAGGGUGGGUAAGACACAAGUGAGUCAGGGUGGGUAAGACACAAGUGGGUCAGGGUAGGUAAGACACAAGUGGGUCAGGGGUGGGUAAGACACAAGUGGGUCAGGGUAGGUAAGACACAAGUGGAUCAGGGUAGGUAAGACACAAGUGGAUCAGGGUGGGUUCCUCUUGAGGCACCUGGGUUCCUGGGUGAGGCACAAAAAGCAUUAUCUAUAUCACAUAGCCAUUUCUUAAGCCAUGUGACUGAUAUGAUAUACCUCUAGUGAUAAGAGUUACCAGCGGCUUCUUAAAGAUUAUUCAGACGGCCUGAUUUUCUUUAAACAAAAUAUACUUGGAAAUUAACUUUGUUUCCAUUAUGUAGUAUUAAGUUGUGUGUGUGUGUGUGUGUGUGUGUGUGUGUGUGUGUGUGUGUGUGUGUGUGUGUGUGUGUGUGUGUGUGUGUGUGUGUGUGUGUGUAUGUGUGUUUGUUUACAUAUAAAUGUGAUUUUAUUACCUAUAUCUUUAAAUAUAUGUUCCUUAAACAUAUUUGUAUAAUUACAAAAUGAAAUACUCUACCAAAUUGGACAAGUAAUUGUAUAUUUUGCAUAUUAUUAUACACUAUGUAUUGUAUAUCACUAUACCACAUGUUGUUUGUAAUGUAUUUUAUAUUAUUCUUUACUUAAGAAUAUUAUAUUCUUUGCAUAUAAAUAAUGCAUAUAUUAUAUUCUUAUAUUAUAUUCUGUUAUUGUCAAUGGUCCAGCAAAUCAACUCCAGUGAUUUCACUUAGGGAAAAAUAAUCACUGCAAGUAAACAUAUUCUCAUUAGCUAUGUCAACUGUAUUAAUAACAGUGGUACUUGUUAAUCAAGAGAAAACAAUGAAAUCUAUUAUUUAAAUU